UGUGUUUGCGAGAAAUAAAAAUAUGUAUUUUAUGAUACCAGAUAGGUAUUAUCAUUAAAAUUAAUAACGAAUGCUGCAUUUAUAAAUUCCAAAAUAUUACAAAAUGAGCACUGAUAUCUAAUUGUUUAUAUCUCCAAGCAUAAGAUUUGCGUCAUUCGCCGCGAUUGGCUCGCCAAAAGUUGUCGGUUCGGUUUUUUUUGCGUAAAUAGUUCGCGUCGACUUUACCCGCGCAUUGUGUUGUUGUGAUACUUUGUGAAGUUCGUUGUCUUUAUAGAAUAUUCCAUUAUUAAUAUUAUCGACAAGUGCUGUAUUAUCAUCGGUCGUUCAGUAAACAGAUAAAGUGUGGCUUAUCUAUACAACCGUCAGUUUUACUUGGUGCAAAUCCUACACCUGACGAGUGCGGUGCUAUAGUGAUGUAAUCAAAAAGUAGUUCAAAGUGAAAAUGAUGGAAGGCGAUCAAGCGCAUACCGGUGUGCUGACAAUAAUUCGGAAGAGCUGCGUUUUAGAUAACGAUAACACGAUCUACGAAGACGAUGGGUUCUUCAGUGACGUUCCUGGCUCAGGAUCUUUGUCUAAAUCGUUAAGAGCAAUGAAUAAGUAUGUGAAGAAAAAUCUACUUUACGACCAAUCUGAAGAUUACGGAAAUGAUAAGGGUUACUUCACAAAAGAGAAUAGUCCUAACGAGUCUAUAUCUAAAUGUGAUUCAGACAGUGUAAGGAGUAAUGAGUCAAUUGAAAAGCAUGUGCCGUUAUCAGAAAAUCUGAAUGCCAAUCCUUCUGUUGACUCUACAGAAAAGGUUCCUGACAUAGAGGUAGCUAAUACUGAUGCAUUGACCGAUGAUUAUAAGAUAAAUUCGUUGCUAUUGCUUGAAAACCCUCAGAGAUUGGAGUCUGACACUGCAACAUCAAUAGUAGAAGAAAACAGGCACGUAUCUCUUGCUAAUUUGAAUCUAAUUGAUGAACACGAAACUGAUCACAAUGUAAAUGAAGUUAAACUUCGGGAGAGAUCUUCUGAUGAGAAAAACGAAGAAAAACGGCACACGAUCCAUGACUUUACUGAUUGGGCGAACAGAACUAACAUAUACCCAGAUGUUUAUGCCCCACUUCCGUACAAAUCCCCCCGGCGUUACCUGGAAAGCGACGUGAACAUCCACUACCGAUGCCCGGUGCGUCACGACCCGCUCCCCUUGGUGCCGGAGCGGGAGCUGGCCCGCCAGCAGGCGGAACACAUGAAGAAACUCUACAGGGAACAGAGGAGGAACAAGUACUUACAGGAACUACAAGACAUGCAGAACAGGCGGCAUCAGGACAACUUCACGCCAUCCCAAAAGAACAUCCUACCCCUCAACCGGUAUGACGAGGCAGAGAGAGUAGUUGCUCGAGCGCUGUAUGCCUUCAACGGGCAGACGGCCAGGGAGCUCAGCUUCAGGAAAGGAGACCUGAUCCACGUCAGGAGACAGAUCGACGCGAACUGGUACGAGGGAGAGAUCCAUGGGAGAAUAGGGCUGUUCCCGUACAAUUAUGUUGAGAUAAUGAAAGGCGAAGUGGCCCAUUCUCCCAAAAAGCCGGCAGUGAUCGAAGGGAGAGCGCGCGCGAAAUUCGACUUCACGGCGCAAACCAACCUUGAACUGCCUCUGAAGAAGGGGGAGGUGGUGGUCCUCACGAGGCGAAUCGACCAGAACUGGUGGGAGGGCAGGAACGGCACCAAAACUGGCAUCUUCCCGGAUAGCUACGUGACUAUCCUGCAGGAACCCAGUCAAAGUAAACCGGAACCUCACCCAACCUUGAACACUGAUAAGCCGGUGGCGUCCCCAGCAGCCCAUGGGCUUCUCAACGGGACAGCUAAGAGGAGCAUGGGUGCCCACAGCUACAUGCCACAGCCCAAUAACCCUGCCCUAGGCAAUGCACCUCCCGCCACACAGCCCCUGCCAGGUUACGCAGCGAAGCCUGCGCAAGCGACGCUGACGCCAGCGGAGCGCGGCUACGGACCGCCAACUGGCGCUGGCGUAGACCUCAACAACACCGAGCCGCUGUAUGUCGACACCAAUGCUGAGGCCGUUCCGUACCGAGCCAUGUACAAGUACAGGCCACAGAACCCCGACGAGCUGGAGCUGAACGAAGGCGACACGGUGUACGUGCUGGAGAAGUGCGACGACGGCUGGUACGUCGGCUCCAGCCAGCGCACCGGCCGGUUCGGCACCUUCCCAGGCAACUACGUGGAGCGCAUCUGAUAGCGGGAGUGGUCGCUGCUGCGCCGCCUCCGCCGCGCCACGCUCUGCGCGCGCCGCACGCGUUGAUGACGUCACGCGUACGCAACGCGAUCGCUCUCAUGACGUCACGCGAUCGCUCCGAUAUCGCUCUCAAACGUCACUAACGAGGCAGCAAAUACAACGAUUUGAGAGCGAAUACGGAGCGAUGAAUCGCAGUUAGAAUACUUGGGACUUGCGCACACAAAUGGGGUAGUUGAUACCAUUGGUCAGUGGUUAUGAACUGUCAAACGUGUUUCUGCCACAAAUUAAGUAAGUAUAGCAUAAAACUAUGACGUCACUUUUUCGCUAAAUCUAUAGACCAACUAUUUAUUGAUGUCAAAGAUUUUGGUUAAUGGUGUCAGCUACUCAAUUUCACAGGCAUGCCGUAAAACGUCUUUUUGUUCAGCCUGCACUUGUAUGGUACUUCAGAUUCAUAUCAAAAUUAGUUGUACUGUACAGUCGAGGCGAAUCAGACGGCCUAAAGUAAACCUUAUGAUACCAAAACUAUACCAUGACUUUAGAAUUGUGUACAGAAUAAAAAAUCCCAGUUGUGUUAUUAACAUCGUCACUUUUUAACCUGUAACCCCAAAGUUCACAUUAUAUAGGACGUGUAUUCGAAUAUUUAAUUUAUAAUCACAUUUACCGCUUCAACUUUACUUGGCGAAAGCUAACCAGACCCAAUGUCAGUAUAAUCAAUCCAAAGUUGUUUUACGCCUCCCAAAGAGUAUCUUUAUCGGUUAAUAAUUAUUAUGAUGUUGUAUAAUUGUAUAAAAAAUAAUAAAAAUACUUAUAUACCUGUACAAUUGUUUAGCAUAGUUAUUUAUUUAAACGUAUGAAUGGAGUAUAGGGCUCGUCUUUUAAAAGUUGAUUUUAAAAGAGCGUAGUUCACGUGGAUUACUAAUUCUUAUGAUUAACGAUUUAUAUCUUGAAGCAAAGGUCAAACUUUGAAUUUUAACACUUGAAAUAUUGGACGGUAACAAAGUUUAGACUAUUUGUAUCGAUCGGCUAUUACCACCGAAUAAUAAAAAGUGUAUGAAGUAGUCAUAUUUAAUCCUAGUUUUAUAAAGAAGUGUAUUUCUCUGCCAUUUUUACGCAUACUAUAUCUACUUAUACAGCAUGCUACCGUGUCUCAUUCUUGCAUAAAUCCUUCGGCACUUUUUAUUAUUCCGCAUUACUACAGUAAAACUGAUAAUGUUUACCGAGUAUAAGUAUUAGUUACCACAUUAACAUAGCUAUUUAAUCGUGUAAUAUUGUAAUACUCAGGCGACUAUGCGAUUUUGUAUAUAGGGCGAGUUAUUUCGGCAACCGUUGACAAUACAUUACUGUAUGCUUAAUUUAAAAUUAGGUGGAUGGUAAAUAUAUGAGUGAUAUGUAAUCUGACGUCAUUGUAUCGUAGCUUCUCGAGAUAUCUGGCAAAAAAACCGUAGCGGUAUUACUGGAUGAUACUGAGUAUUUAUAUUGCUAAACUUAAAUGUAUCCAGAACAUAUUUUAUAUGUAUCAUAUCAACUGAAAUCAAACAAAAAAUUUUAAUUAUCCUUUUUAGAUGUAAAAUUCAGUUUAUUAAUGUUACCCUAAUCCCUGAAAUUUUCUAAAUAAAUCGUUAUCUUCCAGAUAAAGCCGCAUAGAUGCAAAAAUGUUUUAUUGUAAUCUAGUCAUGAAUCAAAUUUUGUACAUUUUUACAUUGUUGUAUACAAUGCCCUAUUUCAUUACGAUGACUAUAAUUUAUACAAUCUUACAUUAUACAUUUAUAUACAAUGUGUAGCUGUUUAUUAGGGUAUAGUUGGAUUUUUAGGCAUGCAUUGGCUUGGUAUAAAAUGUUGUAAUAGUUGUUUAUUAUUUCUCAAAGAGAUAGGUAUCCCCUCGCCCUAUUUUAAGCUUGAUUUGUGUAGUAGGCAGAAGCUUUCAUUAUUUUUUAACCCAUUGUAUUGUUGUAUUUACUUUUGUUAAUUUAU